AUGCCUAAUGGGGAAACCGUUAUCGAGAUCAAGCACAAUAAAGAUGGAGACGGUGACGCUUACGGUGACGAUGAACGGUUGGAUGCUGGCAUUGCCAGUCCAGCUAUCCUGAUGGAAAGACACCCGCGGUUUCAUCUCAGCUGGCGAAGACAACCUCUAUGGAGAAGGUUGAAAGGCUGUCAAGUACGAGAGGCCCCUUAUGUUGGCGGUGCGGCUUAA